AUGUCUCCCGGCCGGAUAGUCGCUGACAACGACUACGACUUCAUCGUGUGCGGCGGAGGCACGGCAGGCUGUGUCGUCGCGGGCAGACUCGCCGAAGAUGACAACGCGCGGGUCCUCGUCGUCGAGGCAGGCCCUCACAACAAAGAUCUCGAGAACGUCCACAUGACGGGCGGCUGGUCCAAGAACUUUGACUCCGACCUUGAUUGGAAUCUGGUCACUCCGCCCAUGGCUGGCGUCAACGGCAGACAAGUCAAGCUGAGUCGGGGGAAAUUCUUGGGAGGGUCUAGCGGUGUCAAUGGAACCCUCUGCAUCAGAGGCAACAAGCAGGACUAUGAUGACUGGAAGCUUCCAGGGUGGUCCGGAGAGGAUUUCUUCAAGUACAUGCGCAAGAAGGCCGAGACGUUCCAUCCCAAACCGUGGUUUCAAACCGACGAGAAAGCCCACGGAUACAACGGCCCGCUCCACACAGAGCCGCACGAUCUCGCCCCCAUUUCGAACCUGUUACUGGAAAGCAUGGAAGACAUGGGCUUCCCGUUGGUCCACGACAUGUUCAGCAAUGGCGAGACUCCGCAUGGUUGUGGCCACGUGCCCCGGACUGUCCACAAGGGCAUCAGAACUACCGGAGCCGACUUUGUCACCAACGAUCAACACAAGACCAAUAUUGACCUCCUGCUUGACACGGUCGUCGACAAAAUCAACUUUGAGGAGAAGGAUGGUGAAUUGCAUGCCACAAGCGUGGUGCUCGUCGGCAAGGAUGGCACCACCAGAGAAGUCAGGGCAACAAAGGAGAUCAUUGUCUCUGGAGGCGCAUAUUGUUCUCCGGCCAUCCUUCUCCGGUCGGGCAUUGGUCCCAAGGCUGAGUUGGAAGAGUUGGGCAUCCAGUGUCUCGUCGACUCGCAGGGGGUUGGGAAGAACUUGCUGGAUCAUCUUAUUGUGUUUGCUUUUUACGAAGUCACCAAGGAAGGACUGACCAACGACCAUCUUGUGUAUCACGGCGACGCUGCCAUGGCUGCAUAUAUGCUAUACAAGGAGAAGAAGGAGGGGAUCCUCUCCACAUUCCCCUUUGGCGCUUUCGCCUUUGCAAGGCUCGAUGAUCGCCUAAAAGAUGAACCACUCUGGAAGGAAGCAAAGAGGGAGCCUGGCCGGGACCCGAUGGGGUUGACUCCCAAGCAGCCAAACAUUGAGUUUUUCACCACUGAGCUGUACGGUGGCCCUAAGCAAUAUGAUCAGUUCCCCAUUGACAAGAAGCAUGCCUUCGCCAUGAUCACGGAGCUAUUCUCACCACGGUCAAGGGGGACGGUGACUCUAAAGUCCAAAGACCCUCUAGAAAACCCGGUGGUGGACUGCAACUAUCUCGCCGACCCGCUCGACAUGCUCGUUCUGUCCGAGGGAUGCAGGCUCGGCAAUGAGAUUGUCAUGAACCUGAACAAGGUUGCCAAACAAGAGAUUGUGAAAGGGUCGUGGCCGUCAGAUCUGACACAUCAUACUUACACGAAACGGGAAGAAUGGGAGCCUUAUGUACGAAAAGAGGCCACCACAUGCUAUCAUGCUGCAGGGACAUGCAAAAUGGGGCGAGAUGGCGACAAGAUGGCUGUUCUUGAUGAAAAGCUUCAGGUCCGCGGAGUCAAAGGCCUCCGUGUCGCUGACACCAGCGUGAUGCCUACUCUGCACGGUGGCCACACUCAGAUGCCUGCGUACGGAAUUGGCGAGAAAGCCGCGGAUCUGAUCAAGGCAAGAUGGUCAAAAGUCUAA